AGUAGAUCAUAUACACAUGUAUAUAUGCCUUUUUACUGAAUUUUAACGUUUCCCUUGUCGUAAGGAUACGAAUACAUUGAUUAGAAUAGAAAGAAUAGAAUAGAAAUAUUUUUAUUCGUAAACCCACAAACAAUCAUAUAACAUAAUAUAAGGGAAAAAAAGUAUAAGGAGAAUAAAGUGUCACGAAAUGGCCUCAUCUCAGCAUGUUGCUGGCGACUUCUAGCGCUGAUUUUCCGAUGAGGCCAUCAAGUGAGAAAAAAUCACGGAGAGUAACAGACAAAAAGAAAAUAAUUAACCGAAAAAAGAAGGCAAACUUUUACAGAAAAGCGAUACAGCAUAACGACAUUACAUAACGCUAAGUAAAAUUUAAAUAACACGGAUGAACUGAUUAUCUUUAAGGUUUUUGCCUAAUUACGUACACAGUUAUAACUUUCUAUACGUUAUCCCUUGACAGGUUCAGAAUCAGAUUAUAUGUUGGGACGAACCUAAAUAUAUGUAUUGACAAUCAUCCUAAAGGUCUGGCUUUGAUCUAAGAACAAGAACAAAAUCAUGACGUUGUUAGGCGGACCAUGCCAGUAUAUUCGCAUUCACAAAUAGUGCUGUAUCUACUUGAAUUAGUGAAUGGUUUUGCCGCCUUUUACUUACUUCUUGACAUUGAAUACAGAAGCGGUAUUUGGUAUCCGACACGUACAAUGUGUGAUGCUGUUCUUCGCGAUGCUGUUGGCCUUCGGCAUGAGGGUGAACAUGAGCAUGGCUAUCGUCGCCAUGACGGACUCUUCUAUGGAAAAUACAUUCGAUUGGAACAUGCAAAUGCAGAGCAUGAUUUUGUCUUCUUUCUUCUGGGGCUACAUGAUUCUUCAGGUUCCUGGCGGCCUCCUAGCUGACAAAGUUGGCGGCAGUCUCCUUAUCGGCAUUAGCAUUGGAGCCAACUCCAUCAUAUCUCUGAUUCUGCCAACUGCUGCAGUUUACGGUGGCUGGUACGCAGUAUGCGCUUGUCGUGUGCUGCAAGGUUUAACGCAAGGAUUCGUCUUUCCAAGCACGCACAACCUUAUCGGAAAAUGGGUGCCUUUGGACGAAAAGAGUAGGAUGGGAGCAUUUAUUUAUGCAGGGGCUCAACUGGGUACGGCAGUUAUGCUGAUGUCAGCUGGCUUCCUGGCCAACUAUUGGGGCUGGGUUUCUAUAUUCUACUUUGUUGGUACAUGUGGAGUCAUCUGGACCCUCGUGUAUAUCUUCAUCGGAGCAGGAGAACCUCAAAACUCGAAGUUGAUAAGUGAAGAAGAGAAGCUGUAUAUUCAGACUUCUCUUGGUCAAGUUGGAGGCAAAAAAGCCCUUCCCAUGCCAUGGACGUCGUUGCUGACAUCCAUGCCCUUCAUCAGUGUGAUCAUCGUGCACUGUUGCCAAAACUGGGGAUUCUAUACGCUAAUGACUGAGAUGCCGUCUUAUAUGAGCCAAGUUCUUGGAGUCAACGUCAAAGCGAAUGGCGUAUUGUCGGCCACCCCUUACCUCGUGAUGUACAUCCUCAGCUUUCCCGUUGGCUUCAUAUCUGAUUAUGCCCUCGGUAAGGGCUGGGUCAGUACUACUGCCGCCAGGAAGAUUAGCAAUAGCAUCGGUACUAUAGGCCCAGCAUUGGCUUUAAUUGGAUUAGCGUAUGUGCCAGCUGGUAACAUAACCCUAGCGGUCAGUGCACUAUCCGCCGUGGUGGGACUUAACGCAGCGAUGCUCACUGGCUUCAUGCUAGUUCAUCUGGACAUGGCCCCCAAUUUUGCAGGAACUAUGCUUGGCAUCUCGAACGGCCUUGGCAACAUCAUUUCCGUCAUUGCACCAUUAGCAGCAGGAGCUAUUAUAAAAGACGGGACUGAUGCAGAAGAAUGGCGCAAGGUGUUCUACCUGGCCUCAUUUAUUUAUGUCUUCGGAAACACUAUCUUCCUCAUUUUCGGAACCAGUGUACGACAGUUGUGGAAUGAUCCGAAGCAAGAUGAAAACGUCGAUAAUGUUACUGAUGCUGAAAAAAGAGAAAAAGUUAUAUAAAUUCUACUGAAAGACUUAAAAAUAUAUGUAAAUAUAAGUAUGUCAUACUCCAUUUUUUAAGUU